AUGGCUUUCUUUGGCCCAGCAGGCCCACACAUGGACAUGUGGGGCAAUGCCGUCUUCAACCCGAUGGACCCGUUCAGCAGCGAAGUUGAUAUCCAGGACGUUUGGCCGUACAUGCAGGGCAACUACAAUCGUGGCUACCAUCGUGGCUUCAACGACGGUAGCUGGAACACCAUGGGGGCGAUGAAUAUGAUGGCGGGAGGUCCUUACCGGCGACCUCGGCGGCGCGGCAACCACUGGCACGGCCACUUGCACCUUCAAGCUGGUAUGGGCUUUGAUCCGCGAUUCAUGGGCCCCUACGGCUAUGGUGCCAUCGGCGCUGGCAUGGGUCUCGGCUUGGGCGGGGCCUACGGCGGAGGAUACCCCGGAGGCUACGGCGGAGGCUUAGCUGGAAUUGGAGGUGGUUAUGGUGGAGGAUUUCUACUCGACCGUCCAGCAAUACCGGCUCCCCAGCUGCUGGUCAACAAUCCUCUAGCAAUAUUGUGA